AUUUCACAGAACACCGUUCUGCCUUGCCAAGACCAGUACUUUGUAGGAGGCCAGAGCUAUAAUUGCCCGUAUUCCGCUACAACGUCAGAAUCUAGUGUUGACGUUUCCACGGAGACUUGGGUCUCUUUCUGGGCUGCUGGUCUCCUGGACAACAGAGAGCCCCAACAAGCACCACAGGCACAGGAAUCAUCCAGUGACUCGAAUUUCCCUGUUCCUAAUUCAUGUUCAUGGGAAGAGGCUCAGCUUUCCUCUCAGCUCUACAGAAACAAGCAGCUCCAAGAUACUCUGGUGCAGAAAGAAGAAGAACUUGCUAGGUUACACGAAGAGAAUAAUCAUCUCAGACAAUACCUGAAUUCUGCUUUAGUUAAAUGUCUUGAGGAAAAGGCCAAGAAAUUGCUGUCAUCAGAGGAGUUCUCCAGAGCACGUGGAAACUUCAGAAAGGGGAAGAGGAAACCCAGGGAGCAAAGAUAUUUUCCUCCUGAGAUUCCCCAUCAUAAAAAUGCCAAGAGAAACCUCUCUAGUGAAUUUGCUAACUGUGAAGAACAGCCGGGGCCCCCUGUGGAUCCCUGGGUUCUUCGAACUCUGGGGUUAAAAGAUCUCAACACCAUUGAUGACACCUCAUCAGCUAACUACAGUGCCCUCUUGUCCCAUCCAGCACGGACCACCAGUGCGUUCCCCCAGUUUCUGGAUGAUGCGGUUGGUUAUCACAAUGCCCCCGGGCAAGAUCUGCCCAUUGACUGUGGAGGUGACAGAACGGCCCCUUCACACAGCACUUCCAGCCACGGGGGAGAGUUUCACUUCCCUUCUCAGCUUUCCAGUCCCCCAGGAGGGCUGCAGACUCCUCCUUACUAUGCUUCUGAUGUGUUGCGCAAUAAGACGGAGGUGGCCUUUUCCACAUCCCUGAGCCCUCACUGUAAUGUGAAAACUCACUCCUUCCACCAGGGACAAGCCUUUGUUCGUCGAGAUGAAGAGGGAGGCUGGAAGUUUACCUGGGUCCCUAAGCAGUCUUAAUGACCCCUCUUCUAUCACAAAGGACUGCCAUGAACUCUGUUUACAAAGACCUCUCUUGCACUUGAACCCGACUCUGUGGAAAAUGCAAGCUCUUGCCCAGACUGUCUCCUGCCACUUGAAAUGUCACUCUCAAUUACCCACUUCCAUCUGCAGGGAAUGGCUUCCAAGAAUCCAUAAUGAAACAUGCCUGCUCUUCUUUCACCUAAAUUUGACUUGUUUACACACCCACACCUGCUGUUGACGUCCUCCCUCUGCCCUAUACUUGAAAAGGUAUUUUUCCAAUUGCCUGAAUAUUCCUCUGAGAGUUACAUAUGCUGUUCCAAUUAUAACACACCUAACAGCUUUUCUCUUCUCAUCAAGCCGUUUAAAUGUUCACAGCCGUCACCUUUUCACUUUUAUUCCUCUCCUGCUCCUCUUCAUUUCUAAAAACUGCCUUUGAAAUGAGCAUUAUAAUUGCUCCAAGUACCUGUUAUUGAGUGUUCAAAUAACCGAGGGUGGGGUGGAAGCAAGUGUCUCUGCCCAGUCCCAUUCCUGAAGACACAGUGCAGUUGUGAGUAAUGCUUUGUGUAGGGCAGUUCGGUAAGUUGAGUGUCCCAUGGUGGAGUUGACAAAAAAAUCUCUUCAAGCAGCUGUAACUCUACUGAUAAGCAACACCACUGAUAAAUUGAAAGAUAGAAGAGAAUUAAAAUUACUCCAAAAUGCCUGCAUAGUAUAUUAGCUUCUCUAGGCACUUGGCAUUGUGUCGGCAACCAACAUGGAUCUAACAAAAACAUUUCUGAGAUGCUUGUGGUAACAGGAUAAGUCACGAUCCAAAACUACUUAGAUGCUGAUAACCUUCUACUCCUCCAAGUAUAAUCUAGCCUAGCUCUGACACUGUCUCAUUCAUUCAGUCAUUCAUGUCUUCAUUUAUCAACCCACCCAAAAUAUUUGUAGAACAUCAGUGGUGUACCAGGCAUUGUGCUAUGGGCUGGUAAUAAAAAGUGAACAAGUCAGACACUGUGGCCACACUCAUGGGAGACCUACUCAUCUGCCUUGACCUUGAGAAAGCUGGUGUGAAGUUUCAGUUUUCCCAGCUGCAGAGUACAGAUGGUGGACUAGGUAAUCACUAACAGUCUAUAAAUUGAGACAGGGCCCCAACAGCUUUGCUCCAAUGCUGCCACCCCAGGUCACUGUUCUCUACUUUUUGAUUGGCAUUGCAGAUAUGUUGGGUGAAAUUUAUGUACAGUUUUUGAAACGUGUGAGCCAUGUAUAGUUAACACUAGAAACCAUUACUCUGAUCACAGUAUUCUUUUUCUGGUAUGAGCCUAUUUUGUGGGUUAAUUCAGUCUUCGUGAGAACAUGCACCUAAAAAAUAGAGACCUUAAUUUUUAAAUAAGAGCUCAUAGAUUUAAUGGAAAUAUUGAUGUCAAAGAUUUCUGUUCCUAAAUUUUUUAAAGAAGUAUUCUUUUUGCUCAUUCUAAUUCUCCCUCUUUCCAAUUCCCCAAGCUCUCUAACCUUCCCAGAAUAAUUUACAUAUCAAAGAUGUGCACCUGUUUUUUAUUUUUUUGGACCAAACUUCAGUUGAUAAAUCCACUGUGUUGAACCCCUUCCCCAUUUUUCUGUUUUUCACCUUUCAGUAAGUCAUCUUGUACAAUCAAUGCCUCAGAGCAUGAGUGUGCUAUUUGGAAUUCUUUGUAACUAAGACAUGUCUUUUGUUGCUGUUUGGUGUUUGCUUUCUUCUGGUGAUGUGAGUAAAUAAUCUAUUCCAUAAAGUUUUGUUAUCACUCAGAUUUCUUUGUAAUCCAUGAAGGGCAAUUAAAUAUGUUAAUUAUCUUCAUGUCUUAGAAAGAGCUAGAACACUUUCUAUUUUCUAAAAACAAAAUUUUUAAAAAGUGUCUGUAUUCUAGUAUCUGUUCCCCUGGUAGAGGCGAAAUGUAUCUCUCUUUAAUAACACAUUUAAAAACUAAAACUGACUAUACUUUAAUAUUAAGAAUCAAAAAAGCAACAUAAAUAUUUUGAAAGCCUAAAUGAUCAUGCUGUAACACAAAAUUGAUUAGUCAACAAAUAAUUAUUUUGCAUUUUUAUGUGCUUCACUGGGGGUUAGGUACUAUGAGGAAAUACCUGGGCUUAACAGAAUGCAUUUGAUACAUAAAACAAAGCCACAUUAAAUGUAAUAGCUUUUAAAUGAAACCUGGUCUCAGCCUGGUUUAAAGAAAUUACAGCAUAUUUGUGGUAAAUUAUGAUAACCUGCUCUGGCCUAUAUGGGAGAAAACUACACCAGAUUAUCACAAUCUCAUCUAACAGGAAUUCGAUGUUCUCUUGAAUUAUGUAUAGAAAAUUAUUUUGUUGAUGUUUGAAAAAUUAGAACUUUCUCUCACCUGAGUAUAUGUUCUAACUUUUAUGGUUUUACUAUGUCUCUCUAGUAAACCACAGUUAAUAUUUUACUAAUAUAAAGUGAAAAAUAAAAGUUAAACAGCUCUUUUGUGAUUUCAA